GAAGCGCCUGCAAGCAGCGUGACCAGGGUUAGCCAACACAAUGGGCAAGAUCGUCUUUUACGAGGACAGAAACUUCCAGGGUCGCGCCUACGAGUGCAGCGGCGAAUGCCCUGACCUGCAUUCGCACUUCAGUCGCUGCAACUCCAUCAGGGUGGACAGCGGGGAAUGGAUGGUCUACGAGAAGCCGGAGUUUUCCGGGUACCAGUACUUCCUGAGGAAAGGCGAUUAUUCGGACUACCAACGCUGGAUGGGAUUUAACGACUGCGUGCGGUCCUGCCGCAUGAUCCCUAAGCAUCAAGGUUCUCACAGACUUGUCAUCUACGAGCGCCCUGAGUUCAGAGGCCAGACAAUGGAGCUCAGUGACGACUGCCCUUCUCUGUAUGAACGCUUCCGUCUCAAUGACAUCCACUCUUGCAACGCGAUUGAGGGUCACUGGAUUCUCUUCGAGCAUCCCCACUACAGAGGUCGCCAGUAUCUGGUACGCCCUGGGAAAUACGGGCUUUUUAACCAAUGGGGGAGCUUGAGUCCAAGGGUGGGUUCCAUCAAAAGGAUCACUUUGUAAGAAACACGUCUUCACAUGACUGUUAAUAAACACCCUGAAAACCGA